AUGGUCGCCGCCAUUAAAACCAAGUGGCUAAAAACUACAACCGAGCUCCAGACCUGCCUUGAAGUCAACAUCAGAUCCUGCUUCAACUGCCAGGGCCACUCCGCCACAAAGUCGUCUUGCGGCAACGCGGUCAGCCAGGCCUCGCGAUCCGAGAUGGCGUUCGUCAUGCUCGACAUUAUCAACUGCGGUAGUCUGGCGUCUGCGUCUGCCCACCUCGAGCGACUCGCCGGUCUCGCCUUGUGCAAGAGAUCUCACCAGUCACAGGCUGGAGAGAUGGCUACGCAGUGGAAGGCUCGGAUCCGGUCGUACCUUGAAGUUUCUAACGAUGGCGGCGUCGCUGAGGAAAUGGAUGUCAGGGCUCCCGUGAGACCACAGCGCACAACCACGGCCACGGCCACGAUCAAGACCAGGACCAUGAUCACGCCGCCUUCCACUCCCGUCGUCAACAAAAGGGACAUCCAGCAGCCCGCGUUUACGCGAUCAUCACAGCGCCAGCGCACUGCAGCGCCGCCCCCGGCCACACCGAGACGAACCUUUCGAGCCCCAAGAGGCUCUGCUUCGUCCACCGCCGUCCUCAUCGGAGAGGAUCCCGAAGAUAAUUCCGGAGAAGAAGAUUCUGAAGAGGAGGAGGAGUUUCAUGAACCCAAGCCGGUCCGCAGCCACACUAGACGUGCCCGGGCCCCAUCGGUCAAGUGGGAACCCAACGGUAAGGCUGGCUUAUCUUACCCGUACCCAAGCCAGACAGAGGAUCGAGAGAACCUCGAGUAUAAGCUGGCCAAGGCCCAGGCGGAAUUGAAGAUGUAUGAAGCGUGGGCCAGACUUCAAAAGUUUGAGUAG